AUGGGCACGCGGGGCCGCCAUGGCGGCGCAGGGCCUGGUGGCGGAGCUGUGGGCGGCGCUGGACGAGCUGGCGGAGCGAAGCCCCGAGCGCUACCGCCGCCUCGUGCGGGGCCCGCGGGACAGCGCCCCGGAGCCGCGCCUCUGCCUGCGCACCCGCCGCCGGGGGCUGCACCCGCCGGGCCCCGACGCCUCCUCGCAGGGCUCGAGCGAGAAGCCGUUAUUCGUGAACGUGUGCGGGUGGAAGCGAGUGCCCGCCCCCCGCUCGCCCGGGCACCCCGUGCCCGUCUGCGCCGGCCGCCUGCAGGAGGCGUCGGGGGAGGCAGAGCGUUACAGCGUGGUGGAUGUCGCGUACAACCCCGCCGUUCUUCAGAGGGGAGAAGAGAACGGAGCAGAACUGGACCAGCUGAUCCGGCUGACGCUUAAAUUCAUCGAGGAGCGUUACAGCCUGACUCUGUCCUACGCCUACCACAUUGCACCGUUCAAACUGAAAGGGAGCCUGCAAAGGAUGAGGGAGAGUCUGAGAAGAGGGCAGACGCCAGGACCGUGUCCCCAGGAGCAGGCGAGGAGCGAUGGGAAAGGGCUGACGCUUGACCAGCUGAUACAUAGGGCAAAAGCGGAGGAGAGCCAGGAUGCUAUGCUCCUGCUGGAGGAGGAAGUCACGCCGUCUCAAGUGCCUCUGAUAGAGGAGAUUGCCAGUACAGAGGUGCCGGAAGAACUCAGUGCACCAGUCUAUGAAUUGACCGUCGUGCCAGAUGCUGACAAGAAACCCAUAAAGAUUGAACUGAAGGUUGAACUGCCGAAAGUUAGCUCUGUUUCAGAAUGUGACCUGAGCAUGUCAAAGGAUGAUCUAGUCAUCGAGGUCCCUGAGAAAUACAGAUUACAGCUGGAUCUGCCAGAGUUAAUCAAUGAAGAAGCAGCUACAGCCACAUUCGACAAAGGGAAGCGUGUGUUGCUGAUCACAAUGCCAGUUUCCCAGACAGAAUAUUAGGGGCAGCAGGUUUUUUAAGGAUGGGAAGGUGGAUGGCAAAUCUCUUACCACUGGAUACAAAUUGCUAUCACUCUUCUAGGAAUCUGUUCCUAUUUAAAUGUUAAAGAGUAAUAGAAUGUAGGGUACAAACAGAACAGGUAGCCUUAGUCUAAAGAGAUUUCAGUGUUAAAAUUUGUUGUUUUUUUUAAUUCUUCCUAAAAGUUGUAAGCAUUGAAGGGUUAUUCACAACAUUUAUUUUAAUACAUGUAAUACUAAUUAAAAUCAUCUACAUACAAACCUUGCUGUAUAAUUUGGUUUCCUCAUAAGAAGAGAGACUUAUCUUUGAAGAAAUGUUCUAUGCAUUCCCCUAGCUGCUCCCACCAGCAUUUUUUCCUCUUAAAAAAGUAGAUUUAAUGCAGUUAAAGAUGCUGGACCCAAAGCUUUUUAAUUAAUAGACUGAAGAGGCCUAGGAGAGACAAAAAUACAGGCUUCCUGCUUUUGUUCCAUGGCAUUCCACAGGGGAUAUUUGUUUACUUCAAAAAGAAUAGCCUAUUCAGUUGUUGGCUGCCUAAAUGGUUGAGGGCUAUGGGGAGCUGUGCUGAGAGGAUGAGCCUUAACCUACUCCUGAUCAAGCAUGUUGUGAUCUCAGAGCUAGACAACAGAACAGCAGUGCCCCAGAACUAUCUUGCCAGUUCAGAGAUGGACUGUUUACAGCACUAGGGGCCAGCCUUUUUGGCAUGUAUGCCACAGAUUAGCCCUGUAUCUUGAGUGCCACUCUGAUUCCCUUCCCCUGCCUGAUCAGCUACUCUGCCCCAUGGUCCCAGCCUGAACUGCUGCUUUAAUUUCUCCCUCUCCUAUCUGUCACUGCGCUGCCUGUCCCCUUGCUGGUCUGCCACACACGCACACACAGGCUGCCCAUGAAUAACAGAACUCAGAAAUACCUGUGAGUGAAGAUGUCACUAUUAAAGCAGCCCAGCAUCUAGGAAAGGGGUCUAAGAUACUAGCUAGCAUUCAGAAAGAACAUAAACCAACUCAAUGCGAGUGAUGAAGAUCGGUUCUGUGGUGGCUGAGAAAGGGAAAUAAAAAAAUCAGUUUUCUUCUGAAGAUAAAUGACCUCCUGAUGUACUACAGGGUCAUUUUCCAGUUUCUCUAAAUGAGGAAAUAAAACAUCCAUUUCUUGA